AUGACUCUUGUCAAGACUGAGCUAAGUUUUAGACCACAAAUACCACUAGUCAUGUUUACGAUAAUUUCCAAAAUUCCACCUGAAUCAGAAGUUCCUGAAGUAGGAAUGUUUAGACGAAGUCCAGCUGAAAUGAUGAGAGAUUUUGCAAGACAAAAUCUACAUUUGGACGCGUCCAGAAAUGAUGAACCAAGCUCUGGAGAUCCAGCAACACGACAUGUGAAUGUUAUACGUAGUGAAAAGUCACCCGUUUUGACUAAUGGUUCAUUACGUCUACUGCAGUCUACGAAAACGGAAACAGAAACGUCUGAGAAUGUUCCAGUCGGAUCUGAUGACGACCUGGUGAAGAAAUUAAGACAAAAGAAUCUAUAUUUAGAUUUAUCGCAGUAUGUAAUACCGAAAAAACCUGCUGUGGAUUUCUCCAAAUACGUCAUCAACAGACCUGAGGUUCACAGUGAUUCCACUGACAUUAAAGAUGAAUCCAAAGACGUUAUGAAAGUCCCGGAUGUCCAUUUAGAUAACACAGAAGGGAAUGGAAACAUAAAACGUUAG